CAUUCAAUAUAUACCGGACGUCAGUUUGCCCAACCCAGUCUGAAGCCAUGCGUCUUCAGUUAAACGCGAGUUCACUUAAACCACGUUUAGUUUUGUGCAGUGAAGUGAAGUGAACCAGGGACGAUGAAGAGAGACAUGCCUCCUCAACCGGAGCUACAAGAAUUACUCCAGAAACCGAUCGUCCUCAAGAAAUGUACUCCGAAAAUAAUCCCAAGCCAAGGUCCUCACAAAGAGAAGCCCAGAAUACCUGAAGAUGAGGAGUCAGGCCCGGACGUGGUGUCUUCGGUGAUCGGCGAAUAUGGGCGCUGGCAGCUGAUGAUGACCUUCCUGCUGUCGCUCUUUUCAUUCCCCUGUACAUUCCAUAUCUUUUUGCCUACUUUCACGGCAAAAGCCACAAAAUUCUGGUGCGAACGGCCGGACAAUCUAUCGACAUUACCUUUAGAAAAUUGGAUCAACUACAGCCAGCCACAGGGCGGCUGUUACGUACGAACUCUAUCUAGUGAAGUUACUGUGGAAAGCAUCAUGAAUUUCACAGCUCCAGUGUUGGAUUCAUUUCAAAAGUGUGAAAGAUGGGGCUUCGACAGAAGCGAGGUUGGGGACACAAUUAUUUCAGAAUGGGGACUCGUGUGUGACAAAGCUAGUCUUACGAAUCUGGCUGAAGUGGUGUUCUUGAUUGGUGUGGGUAUUGGAGGCGUUGUAGGGGGCUGGAUUUCAGAUAGAUUCGGCCGCAAACGCAUUUUAAUGGCUAUGGCAGCUACACAGAGCGCAUUAGCCAUCCUCUCUCUGCUAGUCAGCUCAUACGUCCAAUACGUUAUAGUGAGACUGAUCAUGGGACUUGUAUCAGUAUCUGUGGUCUAUGCAGCGUUUGUGUUAUCUGUGGAACUGGUUGGCGGGAAAUGGGUGACAAUUGCCGGCGUGUGCAACUUUUUCCCGCUUCCUUUGGCUUAUGUCAUCGUCUCUCUGUUGUCUAUUGUAAUGCCGAACUGGAGGGAUCUCCAACUGGCACUGUCGAUUCCUGGAUGCUUGCUCAUUUUCUUGUGGUUUGUUUUACCCGAAUCGCCAAGAUGGCUUCUCAGCAUGGGACGGACAAAAGAAGCCCAAGCCAUAUUAGAAAAGGCAGCGAAAUUCAAUGGACGAGAAAUGCCAUCAGACAUCGACAAAUUAUUAUUAGUUUACAAAACAGACACAAAAGCUGAAGACCCAAGUGUGUGCAUGCUUCUACGAGGGUACCUCCUCAAGAGAACAGUCUGCUUAUUCAUAGCCUGGUUUGCGAUGACAAUUGGUUACUAUGGCCUAUUAUUAAACAUAGGCAACUUCAACCUUGGAAAUCUUCAUUUGACGUCGAUAAUAUUGGCAGUCGUAGAAAUACCAGCUAUUGCGUUAAGCAUACCGAUUCUCCUCAAAGCUGGAAGACGAUUCCCCAUAUUCAUAACUAUGUUAGUGUGUGGACUGGCUUGCAUUGCAAGUGAAUUGUUUUCUAUAUCUUUCAACAAUGAAUGGGCGAUAAUUGCGUGUCUCAUGGUUGGAAAAUUCGCAAUUGGAGCUACAAAUAUGAUGCUACCGAUUUUCACUGCGGAAUUGUAUCCGACUGUGGUCAGAAAUUUGGGAGUUGGUGCUAGUCAAAUUUCUUCAGGAUUGGCGCUUAUGUGCAUACCAUAUUUAUGGGAAUUGACUGCUCUAAACGAGCAUCUACCGAUGGUUACCAUAGCUGCUAUGAGCGUGGCGGGCGGCGCCACUGUGUUACUCCUACCUGAUACUGCCCAUUCAAAACCCAAAACGACAGAGAGCGCUCCAUCUUGCAAUGGAACGUACACGACCACGGACGAUAGAGGGCGCUAGCUGUGUCGAUUAAACGUUUGGCAAAAUGCAGCUGUUCUUAAACUAUAAAUUGAUUUAUUUUUACAAUGAAAAGAAAGAAAAACAUUUUAUAAUUUUUAUAAAACAUUAAGAAAAAUACGGAUUUUCGCGUUUGUCCAAUUCUAAUUAAUGUUUUACUAAAGUUUCACCUGUAGGGACCAUGAAUCUUUUUAGUAUAAGAACCAAAAAUAUUAUAUAAUAUGUAUUGCAAUACAUAUACCAUGACGAAUUUAUAGAUAUUAAGAAUCUUCCCGCUUACAUAUCGAAGUUAAUUUUUUUAUACAUUUUAAAUACCAGUGAUAGAUAUACAUUAUCAAAUAUAUUUUGAUACAUAUUCCACGACGUCUUGACAAUAUAAUAUUAUAAUU